GAAAUACAAGUUUGAAUCCCUGCAGGUCACAUUGUGGAGACAAAUUGAUGGCCGUAAUUAUUAGUAAAGAGACCGCCGAUUAAUUUAUUUGAAAACAUCUCACUCGUAAAAUCACGUCAGUAAUUAGUGAUGGCAGAUGCGGGGUGGUGACCUGAUAAGAGUGUUAGUCAUCAGAAUAAAGGGAUUCGGUAAAUUAAAUUCUGCUUAUUAUUGUUUGCGGUUGCAUUGAAAAAGAUAAUUUACACAGAAUUCGUCGUCAUAAACGAACAUUUGACAGUAUGCCUCUCCAUCCAGUUACUGAAAUAUAAAGUAUCACUAUGCUGAAAAAAACAACGUAAACACCAGUAAGAAUGACAGCGGCUUUUUAAAUAAAGUUUUGUAAGUGAAAUUUCGAACGCACGCUUUGAUCUGCGCAUGCGCCGAUGACGGCACACACGUGGACGACAUGGCGAGUGAUCAGAAUGAGACGAUUCUGGACGGAGUUCAGGUGAAGAAGGCUGUGCUGGCCUUACAAGCUUACCUUAAGAGCACAUCCACGUCUGAGUCUCUGCUGCUGAAUGAAAGCCAGCAUAUCUCCUUGCUCUUCACACUGUGGAGGAUCCCGAAAAAGGAACAGACCAUCCGCAUCCCUUUGCCGCAUGGCAUACGCACAGACACAGCCGAGGUCUGUCUCUUCACCAGAGAUGAGCCGAACAUGACACCAGAUCAAACUGAGAGGUUCUACAAGAAGCUACUCACUGUGAAGGGGGUCAAGAGAAUUACUGAGGUGAUUCCUUUCAAGGUGCUUAAGACGGAAUACAAGCCGUUUGAAGCGAAGCGAAGGUUGCUGGGGAAUUUUGACCUCUUCUUGGCGGAUUCACGCAUUUACCGCCUCCUGCCGUCUCACAUCGGGAAACACUUCUACACGAGCAAAAAGGUUCCCCUUUCUGUGAACCUGCAGAGUCAACAGCUGGCCCAAGGCCUGGAGCGACUGAUCCAGGGCUCCACGCUCUGUGUCAGUAAGAAGGGGUGCUGCUGCAUGGCCCGUGUGGCUCAUUCAGGGAUGACCACUGACGAGGUAGUGGAAAACAUCAUGGCUGCAGUCAGUACCAUUGCAUCCAAUCUGCCCCUGAAGGGAAAGAGCAUCAAAAUCAUACACCUGAAAAGCCAGUCCUCUGUAGCUCUACCCAUCUACACCUCUGACCUGGGACACCUGGCCCUGCUGCAGGAGGCAGACCCCCAGACUGGCUCUGCUAAGAAAACAAAGGACAAACGGAAGGCGAAAAAGAAACAAAAACAGGCCCUGAAGAGUAGCCCUCCUGCUGGGGAAGCACAGGCUUCAGAUGAGGAGGUUCCACAGCUGGUUCCUAUUGCGUCUCCAAGUAAAAAGGCCAAGCUGGAGACUCCAGGCACAGAAGGCCUUGAGAAGGCUCCCAAGCCUGCAGGAGUGAAAGGAGGCAAGAAAGGCCAGUCUCCCAGAAAACCGUCCUCACCAGCCAGCAGCAAGCCUGGCACGCCGCGCACAAAGGCACCAGGUGGGGGCGCGCCAGGGGAGGGGCUGAAGCAGAAGACCCCCAAGAUGGGCAGAGGAACCCCGGGAAAAAUCAAAUCGGCAAAACUGGCAAAAUCGGCUAAGAAGGCACCGAAAACCCCCACACAGAAACGGAUUAAGAAAGUGCCUCAGUCGUGUUAACGCCCUCAGCGGAAAAGGGUUGCCUGACUUUCUUUGGACUUAAAGGGGAGGGGGGGUGGCUUCUCAUUUAUCUGUACAUGCACAACUGUUGAAUUAAACGGAUCACUCUUUCACUUGGGGUUUGAGAUAUAAAGGUCCAUAAAUGCACAUAGUUUGUGAAAAUAUUUUGUCCAGCAUAUUCUAGUCUCUUGGAUAUGGAAUCUGGAAUACAGAGAACUGCUACAAGUUAAUUUGCAUACACGUGUUUCAAUACUUUUAUGGUAUUGCAUUUCCACCAAGUCCCACCGCUGAAAUUGGAUAUAAUGGCUUUAUGGAUCAUUAGUGUCUUAAUUUGACCUUUUUUUUUUUUUUUUUUUUUUUAACUCAAAGGUACAUAAUUUACCUUUGUUUGUUAUUUGGAUUAACUUAAAGUUGGUUGUAAAACCUUAAAAUGAAGAGCAGCUUUUCUCUUUAUAUUUGUCAUAACGCUGGCAUGUGCCAUGUUGAUUCAUGUACAUUUAAAUUCUAGUUGUACUCAUAAUUGCCCAGUGUGCUUCUAUGCCAAGAGUAAUAAAAAGUAUUCAUCUCUUUCUUUA